AUGCGCGCGGCGCGAAGCCGCGAACGCGGAGGUGGCGGGCCCUCUAACGGCGUUGCCACGAAGAAGCUGCAAGAGGAGCUGAAAGCGAUGCACCGGGAGCUGGACGCACAGUGGGCGGCGCGGUCGGAGGCAGAAGAAAAAGCGGAGUCCCUUUCGGCUGCGAUCACAAAGAGCGCUGCUCACGCUGCCUCCGUGGAGGCGGAGCUCAAGCGCACCAAGAAGGAGCUGUCCAAGUUGCAGAAGCACGCGGACAAACUGCAGGCGGACGUCGACACAUUCGAGCGGAAAGAGAAGGAGCUGCAGGACAGCCUGAAGACAGCGCUGGCAGCGGAGAAGUCGCUGAGCAAGGAGCUCGAGGUCGUGAGGAAGGCGCACGACGAGGACCUUAAGCUGCUGGACAUCGCGGAGAGGUCGCGGCAGGCGGUGGACGCCACCAUCAAGUACCUCAAGGGCGAGAACAGCCGCAUGAAGGCCCAGCUGGCUGAGCUCCAGGCAAAGGAGGAAGCAGUGCGCAAGGAGGCGGCGCAGGCCAAGGAGGCGCUCGAGAACGCGCAGCUGCAGGCACAUCCGGACUCCAAGAGCGCGCUCACCGCGCAAGCAUCAUACCUCGCGCUGAUAAAGAAGCAGGCAAAGGGCAGCGCAAACGGCACAAAUGGUGGUGGGAGGGCCGGGGAGGGGCGGAACAGCCCGCUGUACGCGUCGAAUUCGCGCACGCAGCUCAUCUCGUCCUCCACGUCGAAGGCGGCGGACGCUGCGUCGAAGGGCGCCCUCCGCGCUGGUGACAGCAAGGAGGCAGUGCUGAGGUCUCCCUACAAGCCGCCGUCUCCCCCGAACAAGCCGGCUCGAACCACCUCCGCGCAAGGAGCAGAGAUUGCGGGUGCCCGGGCAGAUAUCGAGGAUUCUGCGCGGAGGAGAGCAGAUGUGGUGCAUCGGCUGGAGCACCAGCGGCACCAGCUGAAACAGCCCGCGCCAAUAGCCAGGUUCUCCGUGCGCGGGGAGACAGACCGCCCGGCAUCUGGCCGGAGUAGUCUCGUGGGCAUGUCCACGCUCGGAAUAGGGAGCAAGGCUGUGAGCUGA